CCUGCCCCAAUCACCUCUGUGUCAGUAAGAAGAAUCUCCAUGGAUCCAGUCCUGGUUCUGGUGUUUACUCUCUCAUGUCUGUUUCUCCUCUCACUCUGGAGACAGAGCUCUGAAAGAGGGAAGCUCCCUCCUGGCCCCACUCCUCUUCCAAUUAUUGGAAACAUCCUUCAGAUAGAUGUGAAGGACAUCUGCCAAUCCUUCACCAAUUUAUCAAGAGUUUAUGGCCCUGUGUAUACUCUAUAUUUGGGCAGGAAGCCCACUGUAGUGUUGCAUGGCUAUGAGGCAGUGAAGGAAGCUCUGGUUGACCAUGGGGAGGAGUUUUCUGGAAGGGGAAGGCUCCCAGUUUUUGAUAAAGCUACUAAUGGAAUGGGCAUUGGAUUUAGUAAUGGAAUUGUAUGGAAAAACACAAGGCGCUUCUCACUCGUGACUCUGCGGAAUUUAGGCAUGGGAAAAAGGAGCAUUGAGGACCGUGUUCAAGAGGAAGCACGUUGCCUUGUGGAAGAACUUAGGAAAACCAAUGGCUCACCCUGUGAUCCCACCUUCAUCCUGGGCUAUGCUCCCUGCAAUGUCAUCUGCUCAAUUAUUUUCCAGGAUCGUUUUGAUUAUAAAGAUCGGGAUUUUCUAAACUUGUUGGAAAAACUGGAUGAAAUAUCCAAGAUUCUGAGCAGCCCCUGGUUGCAGGUUUGCAAUACAUUUCCUGCUCUGCUUGAUUAUUGUCCAGGAAGUCAUAACCAAUUUUUUAGAAAUUAUGCUUGCAUUAAAAAUUUCCUUUUGAAGAAAAUAAAAGAACAUAAAGAAUCAUUGGAUGUUACAAUUCCUCGGGACUUUAUUGAUUAUUUCCUAAUUAAAGAAGCCCAGGGAACGACUGUAAUAACAUCACUGUCAUCAGUGCUGCAUGAUAGCAAGGAGUUCCCUAACCCAGAGAAGUUUGACCCUGGGCACUUUCUAGAUGAGAAUGGGAAGUUUAAAAAAAGUGACUACUUCAUGCCAUUCUCAACAGGGAAACGGAUAUGUGCAGGAGAAGGCCUGGCACGCAUGGAGCUGUUCCUGUUCCUAACCAGCAUUUUACAGAACUUCAACCUGAAACCUCUGGUUCACCCAAAGGACAUAGAUAUAACCCCAAUGCUCAUUGGUUUGGCCUCAGUGCCUCCUGCUUUCCAGCUCUGCUUCAUUCCUUCCUGAAAAUCAAAUGCUUGAGUCCACUGCUUUCCACACUGGACACACUGCCUUUUAUCCAGUUCUUUUUCUUCUCAUAAUUUCCUAAGCUUCUAAUGAACAUACACUUACCAAUUUGCAGAUCUUGCACAAGUAUUUUUGACAGUUCCUAUUUUCUAAAACACUGUUACCAUAUGCUGUGAUGAUAUGGACCUGAUUCCAAGUUAAAUAUACUCUCAUAAAAUUGAAAUUACUAUUGUAGGUUAAUUCACUGUCACUUCUCUUCUGCAUUUUCUUAAUAAUAAAUUCUUUUGGUAUACCUAUUCUCAGACUUUUCUUUCAGUUCAAGUAAUAAAUGAAAGAAAAUGGA